AUGCGUUGGCACGAUCUGCCAAAGUGGGAAGAGAUGCCAAAAGUCCCUGGUAUGCCUAAUGGUUGUGCUUGGGGCCUUUUCGACCAGAACGGAGAAAGAGACCAGCUGGGAACACUAAAUUUGUUGACCCCUGAGAUUGUACUGAAAGCAAGGGACGAAAUCCAAAAUGGCCAGAGCAUUUGCCUGAAGUUAAGCCACUGCAUCAGAUUUCGACGUCUUUGCUCUAACUUGUAUUUCGUGCGCAGUUGGUCCAUGGAACAUGCUCAAGUACCUGCUGUCAAUCGAAAGCAAUUCGAGCACAGAAUCAUUAGUCUACGACGUCUCGGUCACACUGCUUAUGAUGAUGAGAUAGCGAUCAAUACACAAAGCGGCAGUCAAUGGGAUGGGCUAAGGCAUUGGGGCCACCAGGAAACUGGACUUUACUAUAACAACUUGGCACAUGAUGCUAUUCGGAACAAUAACUGCAAGGAUAAUUCUAUACACUACUGGAGCCUGCGGGGCGGUAUCGUUGGCCGCGGUGUGCUUAUUGACUACCACUCGUGGGCAACAGCAAGGAGUUUGCAUCAUCCAGCAAUUGCCAGAACCACUAUCUCUUCAUCCGAGAUUGAGGAGAUUGCGAAGUCGCAAGGGACUGAACUUCAGCCGGCCGACAUAUUGCUGAUUCGGACUGGGUGGACAGCAUGGUACAACGGAGCGUCUGAGUCUGAGCGCAGAAAAGGAACUACAGGAAACGAGCAUAUCGGCUUAGAAGGGACCGAAGAUACAGUCAAAUGGCUCUGGAACAAACACUUUGCCGCGGUCGCAUCUGACAGUUUAGCCUUCGAAGCAUGGCCGACAAAGCCACCAUACGGCCUGCAUGACUGGUUGCUAGCUAUGUGGGGAUGCCCCAUUGGGGAGCUCUGGAAUCUGGAAGAGUUGUCUGAGAAAUGCCGAACCCUAAGGAAGUGGUCCUUUUUCAUUGCCAGCGCACCACUGAACGUGGUCGGAGGAGUGGCAUCUCCGCCUAAUGUUGUAGCUAUUCUAUAA